AUGUUCUCUCAUAAAUUGAUCUUCGUUGCCGCAAUCAUUUUAAUGACCGCAAAGAACACCGAGUCAGCCAGCAUGGGGCCAGAGUGUGCUCAAUAUGCUGCAGACCAGAAUCAAUGUAACAAAGCAAUUGACAAGAUCAAAAUAGACGGCGAAAAACUUCCAUCGACUGAAACUGAACUAUAUGAUUGA